UGUCACCUCUUUGUCACGUCUUCUCGAGAAUUCUACUUGAGAAAGGCGCUUGUUGGAGAGACAAGCACAUUUUGACAUUCACGGUGAGUGCAGCAUGGCUUGUGCAGAUGUUAAAAUGGACAUCCAAGAAGAUGACCAAUGCCAGUGCCAAGACGCUCAGAAAUGGCCUCGGAUGGUUCGAUACCAGGCCACAAAGUUCAGCGAGGACCAGAACGGCACCUUGACUUCUGUGCUGGGGUCCCUGCAGGUUGUCAGUGGACUACUCAGCAUUGGAAUUGGUCUUACAUUUGCUGUAAGCAUGGUGAUGAAUCAGUUCCUAGUCACGCUGUUCAGAGUUUCUCACGUGACCGGGACCCUUUUCAUAAUCGCAGGAGUUGUUUCCAGCAUGCUGCUGAGAUAUCCAGUUUUACUAACUGUGUCGGUUACAAUAAACAGAGCCUGUAUCAUUGUGGCAUUAGUUGCUGUUGCCUUGAUAAGCACUGACUUGAUGCAAUGGGAUCAAAACUAUGAACAAUAUUUAAAGAUGGAGGUGCUGGAACUUUUGAUGUUGGGACUUCAGCUUUUGCUCACUAUAAUUCUCUGCCUGUGGAUCUCCAAAGAGAAACAUGCCCAGUUGAAUAAUUAAACCUAUUUGCAAACAAAUAUUUGAAUUUUGAGGACAGCUUAAAGACCCCCCCAUGUCAACCUUUAGGGGAGUAAAAAAAACAAACAAAGUUGUGGUUAAUGUGUGCCUUCAAAGGAAAAAGAGCCCCUCCCCCACACCUCUUUGUGAAGCGCUAUGUUGUGGUUACCAUAGUGCUUUUUGUGUAUCUGCUGGCCUUUCACAAUAUUACAGACCAUUUUGCAACAACUCUCAACUAUAAGUGGAAAUAACAAAUACAAUGACUUUUUUUUUUUUUUAAUACAAACUUUUUUAAUCAUCUGUACAAGUCUCACAAGGCUGGACAACAAACAAAAGUAAUAACGUGGCAAUUCUUUUCUGCAUUGAUCUGCCAGCUAUUUGUAAAUUACACAAUAAUAAUAAUAAUUACAACAAAAAACAUCUACAAUAUAAACACAGAUUCAUACGUUCAUUCAUUAGGGAAAUGUUACAAACCACAUGAGUACCAUCAUGGUAGUGUAUGUAUAUAUAUAUAUAUUUUUUGUCUUUUUUUCUGAGAAUGUUCAAUUGAUUUCGAUAGAAUGUUGUAUCAUGUCUCCGUUGGAAUUUUGCUCUUCGCUGGGACUUCACAGCUGCAAAGGAAAAAGGAAACAUUUGAGGAAGGAAAACAAUUCUAUGCAUCUUAAUAUUCAACUGGAGUUAGCAUGCAGGGGUCCAUUUAAACAUUGUAAAACAGGCUGCGGUGACUUUUUAAGUAAAAGACAGCAAAAAUACUACUGUGCAUUUAAAAAAAAGUCUACACGUCCCUGUUCAAAUGCCAGUUUUUGGGGUAUAAAAAAUGAGACCAAGAUAAAUCAUUUCAUAACUUUUCCCACCAUUAUUGUGACAUAACAUUCAUACACUAUUGGAAAAAAAGAUAUCUUUUUGCGAGGGUAUGUACUUAAUAAACAACUGAGAUAAUGCGGUUGCAGAAGUGUGCACACCCUCUUAUAAUUGGGGAUGUGUUAAAAAAAAAUCGCAUUCAAGCUAGUGUUAAAGGGGAGUCGGCACACACCUGCCACCAUUAAAAGUGUCUUCGAGUAACCCCAAAAGUUCAGAUGUUCUUGUUGACAUUUCCUGACAUUUUGUUCCCCUUUUCAACACUAACACUGACUGCUAUUUUGAACUGUUCAUAAUUCCCUCCACCUUGUAUAAAUUCUUGUUCUUUUGAUGAUGAACAGUGUUGUGUUUGUGCAAAAUAUGCUUUUUGGAAUUAUGGCCCAAAAGUUCUACCUUGGUGUUAUUAGACCAUAACAAAAUAUUUUUGUUUUUAAACGAAAUUGUUUUUAAAUGAUUUAUCUUGGGCCCACAUUUUCAUAUCAUAGAAACCUGGCAUUCAAACAGGGAUGUGUAGACUUUUGAUAUCCACUUUACCUUCAAAAAGGCAAUCACUGCGUGCAUUCAAGAGCAUGCAUGUGUUCACACAUAGAAUCAUUCCAAAAUGACAACGGUGGAGGGAGAAAUGACAGGCAAGUAAAACACCCAAUAGGAGCACAGCCCUCAAACCCACACGACCAUGCAUCAUUUUCAGACAUAGGGUAUUAGUAACAAGGCCAUGUGUCGUCGUCACGGUGGUUGAACAGAAUGUUAACACGGCCACAAUGGUGACGCUGUAUACUUACUGAGCUAAGCUUUAGUCACACCACUGUAGACAGGCCUACUGCUAUAUGAGAAUUCUGGCUCUGGCAAAAACAAAACGGCAAACAGUGGAAUUUUUAAACGGAACUAUUACCUACUGCUUGUCCUUAAAGCCGCUCAAUGAAGGUUAUUAUCGAUUCUUCUUUCUUUCUGUUAGGGCAAGGGAGGAUAUAUAUAUAUAUAUAUAUUUGUAAUUCAAAUGUCAGUCAAAAAGGAUGCUGCACACCUCAAUAAAAGGCAGGACAAGCAUAUGAUUACUCCCAGCCAAUCAGCCAAUAAAAUUUAUGGUAAGACUUGAAAUCUUAUAAUCAAACAUAAUAGGCCUACUUUCAUUUUAUCUGGCGUUUGUGUGAAACAAAUUUUUACCUAAGUUAUUUUUUAUCGUUGAUUAUGCUAGAAGAAAAAAAAAUUACAAAGAUGAUAUGGAGCACCAAAAUGAUUACAUUAUAGCUACUUUUUCUUCUCAGUGCAAACAGCAAAUUCAUGGAGUAUUGAUGUAAAUGCAAUCACUAAAAAAAAAAAAAAAAAAAAAAAAACUGUUCCAAAACAUUGGGUACAAAAACUAUUUUAGAUAAAAAAAUAAACGAAAAAUAAAUCACCAACAGCUGCUGGUAUUGGUUAAAAUAUGACAAACAGUAGUCCCAGUAUCUUACACUUUUAUUGUUUUAUUGAAUGUGAUAAAUGCUGCUUGUUUAUGUUGCUCAUUUUAAUAUUUAUGCACAUUCCCUCAUGCUUUUGAAUGACACCAUACAUAAAAAUGUUUGACUAAUACUGUAUAUCUAUUUUUUUCUCUAUUGUUUUAUAUAGGCUAUGUUCCUGAAAUAGCAAAUUCAUUAGCGAGGCAUUUUUAAAAAUUCUGAAAUUACUACCACACACUCCCAACAGUAUGAUUUUUGAAGAGGACACAAAAGAUGAUGGCCAGGCUCAGAUUAGCAAUAAAUCUUUCUUGAUGAAAAGGUAACUAGCCAAUAAUGACCUAAAUAUUGAUUAUGAGGUAU